GUUUCGUAGUCUCAAAGAGGAAUGUCAUUGUAAUCGUGAAAGAAUUUUUCAUCUCAAGAAUGAGAUUCGUCGACUCCAUGAGCAGAAUCUAAACUCGACAAUUGACCAACAGGACCACCAUAAACAAAAACCCACUCUUACCGAACAAGAGAAAUUGGAGAAGAUGAAUUUUGGAGGUGGAAGUGGUAUCAUUAAUAGUGUUCGCAUCUAUACGUUAGAAGCAGAACUUUAUCAAGCUCAAAAAGAAACAAAACGAUUAAAGUCUGAAAAUGAUAGGCUGAAAACUAGACUUAAAACCAUAACUACCUCUCCAGAAACUCAUAGUAAAAAUGAUGAUCAGAAGAAAUAUGUAGAAGUGACAGAAGAUGAUGAGAAUAAAGCUCCUCCAGCAUCCGCUGAACACCACCUACAAGAAGAAGUUAAGAAAUCACUACCACAACAACCGUUUGGAGAGAAAAGUUUUAAUCAUGAAAGGUUUCAGGAAGAAGCGGAGAAACAAAGGUCGAAACAAGAUGUGUCAAGGAGUUCGAAGACGAAAAAGACAGAUGGUUCUUGUUCACAGCAGACAUUUUCAGAGCCUGAUCCACAAAGUAUAUCAAGACAACCAGCAUCAAAUGUUCCCGGUCCGGGAGUGGAUGAAGAUUACUGUCACGUUCAGUAGUGAAGCAGCAAUACUUGCACCAAUAGUUUCAUGAGUGUAUAUUUACUUCUUCUCCAGCUUGGUUCAUAAAGCCAGUGGUCAAGCAUCAAAUAGUUUAAAACGAACGUUAUGUACAGCCCCCGAUUCUUUAUUUCAUAUGUUUGACCGACAUCUUCUAAUUUUAAUGUGUGUGUGUGUGUGGUUUAAUUAUAGAAUUUUAAAUAACCGAGUAUUGUUACACUCCUGUACAUUAACAGUAAUGUUUCUUCUUUUUUUUUAUUUUGAGAAAAAACAAGGAAACUCAUUUCUGAGCUAGGAUGCACAUGUUGAUGUAUUGUGUAUGUAAAGGAAAUAUUUUUGUAUUUAUUUUCGAUGGACAAAUUUAAAAAUACUGC